CGCAGAAUAGGAACAGUAUUGUUUCUAACGCUCUCCUGAGAUAAGCGAUGGAUAAGAAAGUUACCAUUACACAGAAGUAUCUGGAGAAGGGCCACACCCAAAUGGAGGUGGAUUCGGUGCAUUCACUUAUUGAGAGAAAACUCAAAAAUGUCGAGAUUUUCUUGCCAUCGCAAUAUGCAACUAUUACCAAAGUUGCUCGAAAGAAUCCUUUUCCUUACAAAGUCGAACAACCCGAUCAUACCUUCUUCAAAGACUACAGUGUUAAAGAGUACCGUCGAAACCCGUGACUUCGCCUGCUCUACCUAUCUUCGCCUAAUUUUUAGUAAGUUAGAUUUGCGAACAUAUUUUUAGUACAAAUUGUGCAAAAUACUACUAAAUACAAAGGAUUUUUUACGUAUGGCAAGAUUUUGCAAAUAAAUUGUGACUUACUUCACACUAUUGGCCACCAUUGCGUUUUUUCCGUGAAAUGGACGACACGUUUUUUUUUGCUGGUGUUUUAACUUCAGUUUUAGGCAGUAUUACAGAACAGAAUUACCGACAAUGCAAGCGAAGCAACGCAAUAGGCGGUCAUACACUACAAAACACUCACAGCAUAUGAUAGAUUUGGCAGUAGAUGCGUUACAAAAUAAAACAAUGUCCUCGUACGAUGCAGAGAAAAUUUUUGGCAUACCUCGUCGAACAUUAUUAGACAAACUGCACAAUAAACAUCCAAAGAGUCCAGGAUGUCCGACAAGGCUCAACGACCAAGAGGAAGCUAAUAUAAUUAAAGUUCUAUUAGCAGCGGCAGAAUUCGGCAGUCCUUUGACUCUUCUGGAUUUGCGAAUUGUCGUUCAUAGAUACUUAGAGGGCAAUGGCAGACUUACUAUUUUUGACAACAAAUUACCCGGCAAGAAGUGGGCAUACUCUUUUAUAAAAAGACAUAAAUCUAAAUUAGCAUACAGAGUGGUACAAAAUAUAAAACGAAGCCGUGCAGAAAAAUCUCCUGAUGAAAUGAAGGAAUACUUCACAAAUUUACAGUUAUCAUUGAAAGGUGUUCCUAGUGAUAACAUAUUAAAUUAUGACGAAACGAAUUUAACAGAUGAUCCAGGGUCCCAAAAGUGCUUAUUCAAAAGAGGAGUGAAGUACCCCGAAAGAGUAUUAAAUAGCACGAAAGGUGCUAUCUCUAUAAUGUUCGCAAUAACUGCUGGAGGAGAAUGUCUACCUCCUUACGUUGUAUACAAGGCGGAGCAUUUAUAUACAACAUGGACAUUAAACGGUCCUAAAGGUUCAAGAUACAACCGUUCUAAAUCGGGAUGGUUUGACAGUGUCUUGUUCGAAGAUUGGUUUGAAAGUAUUAUUCUACCAUGGGCUAAAAACAAAACCGGUACAAAAGUUUUGAUUGGGGAUAACUUAGCGUCCCACAUAAAUCCCAAAAUUGUGUCAUAUUGUGAAGGAAAUAAUAUACGUUUUGUAUUUUUACCUCCAAAUUCGUCACAUUUGACACAACCGUUGGACGUCUGUUAUUUCGGGCCAUUAAAAAAACUGUGGCGAGAAAUUUUACUAAAUUACAAAAUAAAGAAUCCAAGACAAACCACGGUUCACAAAGGACAUUUCCCAGAUCUUCUCAAAAAACUGGUGGUACAGCUUAACGAGAAAACAAAUAACAUAAUUAGUGCUUUUAAAAGUACUGGCAUUGCACCAUUUAACCCCGAUAAAGUUAUUUUAAAAAUACCGGAUACAAAUAAAACAACGAUGACGUAUACUGUCGAUGAAGCACUAUUAGAUUGGUUGAAAGAGACACGUAAAGCAGAUCCUAAUAAGAAAGUACGAAAUAAAAAACUAAAUGUCCCACCGGGCAAAUCGGUAUGUACAACGGACUUUGAAAACUUAAAUAUUCUUCCAAAAAAAGUAGGAACAUAUAAAAUACAAAGAAAGACGAAUUCCAACACUAUGCAAUUAAAUCCUGACUUAUUACUGCAGCCACCUUUGAUGCUUAUAAAUCCCGAUAGCCUCAAAACGUUGUGUCUCAGAAGCGUUAACAAUCAUUUGGUUCAGUUAGAGCAAUACCAGUACCCAGGUGAACAAACUUUGCAAGUAUCUGACGUUCAUAAUUUGUGCGAUAUUUCAAAAAAUUACAAUGCAAAUAUGCGAUUCAUAAAUGAAAUACCAAACUGCCUACAAACCAACAAGCCUAAAAUUAUAAUUACCUCGGAUAUCACUAUAAAACCAGGAGAGUUUACAAAACAUCAACAGAUCAAGCAAGGAAACAUCAAUAUCAAACAGAAAAAAUGUAAAAUUACGCGUUCCGCCAUACAUAUGAAAUUAAUUCCAGCAAGAAAAGAAACACUAACCAAAAGAAGAAAAGUUUUUGAAGAUAUUACAGAAGAAAUCAAAGCAUUACACACACAAGUCAUUAGUAAAGUUAGCAAAAAACCUAAAGAAGAAAAUAUGAAAAGAAGAUUAAUAAAAAAAGAAACUAAUAAAGCAAAACAGAAGAAGCAAAAAUGCAAAUCUAUGAAACAAAAGAAGAAAUAUAAUAGUAGUGAAUCUAGCUUUACUUCUGACACUGAAAUAUCUUAUGCUGAUACGGAAGAUUCAGAAUAUGAAACAAUGGACGAUAUCAUCACAAGCCAGCAAGAAGAAGAAAAUAUUGAACCAUCUAUACCCUACGGCAUUUCCGACAUUAAAUAUCUCACAGAGGAUGAUAAAAAGUUAGAAAACGACUCAUGGAUUUUGGCUAAAUUUACAACAAAAAAAAGCAUGAAGCAUUUCGUUGGUAAGGUAAUAUCAAUAAAAGAUAACAUUCCUGAAGUCAAAUUUGUGAGAAAAAAGAAGGAAUCUAAAUUUGAUGGAGGAUUAGUAUUCAGCUAUCCAAGAGUAGAUGAUAUUUGCACCAUGCAACAUUUAGAUGAUGUUAUUAUGAAAUUGCCCGAACCAAAUAUUUCUCGACGCGGCGAAAUCAUAUUUAAUAUCGAUUUGAGUAAUUAUAACGUACAGUAGGUAAAAAAGAUGCUUGUGUAACACAUCAUUUUUUUUAGUACCUACUACAUUCUAACUGAGUGAUUGAGAUUGAUUUAUGUUUUUAACCUGAUUUAAUAACUGAAACCAAAUAAUCGUGCCAUUUUUUGUUUAUCUAUAGUUAUUGUUACAUAAAUGUUGCUUUGUAGUAACGGUCGAUUAAGUAAAUACUAAAUAGGUAGGUAUUCUGUUAAAAUCGAUCGUUUUUAACAGUUUAAGAAACGGUAAUUAUUGAAGAUUCUUUUAAAUCUUACUAAUUAGGUACUGAUUUAAUAAAAAGUCUGAUAUUAGUAUAUAAGAUAUAAUAUUUGUAAGUACCUCCAUAGCAAAUAAGUAAUGAUGCUAAAUUGCCUUCAAUUUUCUAUGAAUGUUUGUUUUUAUCUUUUAUACUUUUAAAAAUAAAUAAAUAAUUGUAUACAUUAUUUUCCUUUAAAAUGUCCCCUCCUUGAAAUGCAGUAAAAUAACAAUUGUUUGGCAGCCCUAACAUCGUUAUAACAAAUGUAUGGAACAACUUCAAACUGCUCCCUAUCUUCGCCUACUGUACUCAUUUUUUAAAAAAAGGAUUCUAUUAAAAUGAAUGUAAGGUAUAUAUUAGUCUGUCACUUAUUAAAUUGUUUGGAUCAGAUGUACUUCACAGAAUUUUAUAUAAUUAUCUAUAAUUCGAUACCUUACGACGAUGUAGGCGAAGUUAGGGAAACUCAUCCAUACUUCGCCUAUCACGUUUGAAGCCAAAUUUUAGCCAAUUCACAACCAAAUUUAAGACUUAUUUUCUUUACAAUAGUAACCAAAGUGCAAUAAAAUAUUUUUUCUGCCUUAGUGAUUCAAAAUAUUUUCGAAUUAAAAAGUAGUGUUGAAAAAUGAGUCAAAACCCAGGCGAAGUUACGGGUUUCGACGGUACCAAGUUUACGACUCUAUACGCCCUGGGCGUGUUUCUGGCGAUGAUUGUGUUGUGGACUUGCGAGUUUUGAAAUAUAAUCCUAAUGGGACUAUCGAGUUUAAAAAGCACUUCGAAAGUGAAUUUACUCCACUACCUCGAAGACCAAAGAAUAUUUCUACAUUGAUAAGCAACGUACCAAGGCUUUAUGAGUCUAGAUUGCCUAUAUUGGAGAGUAAAUAUGAGCAUUUGCAACAAUUAAAGACUGUUAUUCCUCGUGAUUGCCAUCAAUUUUACGAUGAUUUACCCUCUAAAAAAAAAUAAUUUCCUAUAUCAAGAUUUAAGAUCUCAUUAGUUUAAGUAUCUACUUAAUUAUUACCAAAACUUCGUUAGAUGUUUUUUAAAUAAGAGUAUUUCCAAAUGUAAGAUCUCAUUACUUACUACUACUACGUAGUAUGUAGAACUUAUAUUUUUCUAAACUUUGUUAGAAUUAUGUUUUUGUUUUCUUCUAUGUAUCUACUUAUUAAGUUACUUAUUUAGUAGGUACACUUUUUGUUUCUUACCGCCACACUCAGAGACGGUAAUUAAAUUAGUCCUAAUGAGUACUUAACUAAUUAUCAUUAAAUCUGUUAAAUAUCGAUCUAUCCCAGAGACAUAGUUUAAAGGUUCAUUAGUUAAUGACAUCUUUAAGUAUCCGUAGGGUAGAACAACGUCAAAUCCAUUCUAUCGAUAGCACAUCGAUAAACGAUUGGUGUGUCCACACUUGAAAAAGUGCUAUUUUGAAAUAACAAAUAAGUUCAUAUAAACAUAUAGAAAGCAUGUAAAUAAGGCAUAUCAAUGAAAAUUAGUUCUCUUUGCGAUCGUUUUUACUAAUAGACAAAGCGAAACAGGUUAUUUCAUAUAAAUAGAAUAAAGCAUCUGGUUCUUUCUUUUUCUGGUAUCACUUAUUACUAACUGUCAAUAUUUUCAAUGAUUUAAAUUGUCAAAUUUAUGCUGUCCGUUACUUCGUUUUUUGUACAAUUUUAUUGUUUCAAUAAACUUUUCGAUACCAGAAGUAUCAAUUAACGUAAGGGACAUUUUGGCGAAAAUGAGUUAUAUAUAUCAUUGGAUUCAGAAUUUUGAGCUCUAUUGUAUGGUAUUAUUGAAAAAAUUCUAUCGUCAAAAGAAAAUCCCUUACAGUAAAAAAAUUUGGCCUGCGUAAAACGAUUUAUGACAAAAAAAUGAUGUAACAGACGAUUACAUUUUUGUUUUCUCUAAAAAAUACAGUAAGUCAUAGUAUUAAGUAAUUUACACCCUUACCUUAAACCGCAAAUCUGACGAUUUAAGUAACAUGUCCCUUACAUUAAUGAAUGAUUAGAGUUUUUUAAGAAUUAUUCUCUUACAUUAUUAUCUAACAAAACUAUCUUUAUUUUAAGCUCCUUACAGUAAUAUGCCUAUUACGUAACAACUAGAAAUCAAAUUUGUAUUUGCUUUACUUUAUUUGUUUAAAAGAUCGUUGCUAAAAUACCGCGUACUUACAUUAAUUUGAUUCUCAUAAUGAUUAUCUCUCGCUCUGGCGCGCGACGAGCGUAAGGUGUUGCGGUGUAAACUAACGGGGGAGAGGGGUAAGACUUACGACGGACCCGCUCGUUCCUGUUCGCGCGCAUUUGAAGUUUGUUAUUGUUAUGAUUGUGUCAUACUAUUACAUUUAUCAACAGUAUCAACGCUAAUGCUUGAAUUAAGUGGUGUGUUAUUGUAAUAAGGUGUCAUACAAGUAAUUUAAUUAAAAAAUGUGUGAAAACAAUAGUAAUAUCCCUGAUAAGUUAAGUGCCUUACUGGUCCGAAGGGAAAAAUUAAUUAACAUGAAGAGAACCAUUGAAAGGUAUGUAUUACUUACAAUUUUACGAUGACAAUAAUUUUUAUGUACCAUUAUGUAACGAUCUUGUUUAUUAUUUAGAGAAUAGGUGAAUUGGUUGAAGUUUUAGAUAUCUAGGUACCUAAUUAUUUGCAGUCCUGUACAAACUAGUUCGUAUGAUCUCGUGUGUCGAUACCGGGCCAGGUAAAAACGGAUACCUACUUAAGUAAAAGUAAAUGAAAGUUAUGAAUGACACUUAUCAUUAGGCGAACGUCCUGCUCUUCUCGCACCUUAGUAGGUAUACCUACCUACUUACCUACAAAAUAAAAACAAUCUUAAAAUGAACCUACGACUGCUAUAGGUGAAGUAGGUACUUACUCAAAUCCCGGGUUUUAUUCUUGUAAGUAUGCUUGAAUUGCAGGUGCUUUCGUAUUUCCAUGUAAUGCUUUCUACGCAAUAGUGGUUUAUGUAUUAUUUGCAUGUUUUAUACAUUGCGUAUAAUACCUAGGUUUUGUCUACAUCAUCCAUUUAGAAUUAUUAAAAGCAUACAACAAAUCAAUGUAAGGGACAUUUGUUAUUAUGUUUGACUUUACAUUAAUUUAAGUGUUUAUAAAAAUUAGCUAUUUUCAGUCGUUCUAAACUAUAACGUUAAUAGUAAUUAAUUAAAUUCUACAAAUAUAAUACUCUUGUCAUAAUUGAAUAUUUUUUGAUUAUUUAAAAGAAUAAUAAUUGAUAUUUACUUUAUAAACAAUGCGAGUUUAAAGUUAUUACGUCCCUUACGUUAAAGUGUUGUCGGAUUUUUACUCGAGUUGACCCAUACAAUAAAUCCGCCUUAUGCCUUAAAUCUGGUAAUCGUAUUCAUGUUUUCUUUUUAGGUCUACUGAAGACAAAAGAGAUUCUUCAGAAAGUUUUAUAGAAAAUAGUGAUGUAGACUCAGAAACGCAGUUGAUAACAAGAAGUUCAAAUAGACCUAACAUUGUUAUUAAUAGCAGUAAUGACUCUGUGUGUUCUGUUGAAAAUGACAUGGAAAUCAUGAACACAUCAACUAUUUCCUUGUCUCGAUCACAUCCUUAUUUUAAUAAACCUAUAAAUGAAAGUUCAACGAGUACUGCUGUAAACAAUAAUAAUUACCCGUGUAGUCAAGUUAUUGAAAAUCCUUUAAACGCAUCACGUGAGUUAAAGGAUACAGGAGAAGAACUGGAAAAUAUAGAGACACUGUCAUUGUCUAAUAAUUACAUAGACGUCAUGCAUAAGCCAACAGAGACAAUUCAGGACACCGCUGUUUGCACAAUUUAUUUCGAAAACUCAUUGCAAGAGGAAAAUCGAAGUCCUGAAACUUUCUUAUCUCCUACAAUACUUACAAAUGUAAUAGCAAUUGAUAUUACAGACAAAAACACUAUGAUGGCUGAAGGCUUACAUCACGAUGAUGUUUUAGGCAAUAGGCCUGUUGACAAAAUUUGGAAAUAUGUUUAAAACUAUAGUUUAGUAUCUAUUUUACCCCAAAAAUAUAAUAUUUUUAUAAAAAUAUGCGUUUUACGUAUUUAUUUUGCGUUUAUAAAAAUUAAUUUCAAAUUGACAUUUGAAAAGGCCAAGACUGUCAUGGCCUCUUGAAUGACGUCACACCUCGCGAAACAUUGGAGUUUGUAUAUGUUAGUCAAGGAGAUUUUUUAACAAAUAAUGCAUUCCUCUUAUUAUAAAUACUGUGUAGUGCCCCAGUGUAAAAGUACAACUAUAAAAACGCCAAACAAAUUAUUCAUAUACGUUCCAAACAAUAAACAAAUACGAAGAAAGUGGUUAGAAAUGGCAAGGAGGCAAGAUGCUCAUAGUUUAUCAACUAAUUCAACAAUAGAUAAAACAACUCGAUGUGUCUAACCGUAAAUAUAAAAUAAAUGUUAUGAAUUUUGCAAAAUAUACCAUGAAGGUAAACAUAACCAAUAAAACGUUAUGACAUGAGUGAGUAAUUUUGUUUUUUUUAGGAGUAAAAACAUUAUUUUUGUUUUAUGCCUAUAUGAUGUAAUAUUAUACUAUUUCUAUAUUGUUUUAGUUGCCAAACGAUAUGAAUAACUAUACUGAGUAUCAUAUUAUGGGAAAGGUAUCACAAGUGCGCAUGAAACCAGGUUGUAUACCAAAGAAGUUCGAAUGCCAAGAAGAGAGAAGUAAACGGACAUGCAGUGACAUGGAACAAUCACUUAUUUUGAAAAAACAAAGGUUUUCAAUAAUCACAGAGUGUUUGAAUGAACCAGAACAAAGUUCAUCUGUCAAGGAUACUUCUGAUACAAGUUCAGGUUUGUAACGAACAAAACAAGUGCUUUGCAGUUUGGAACAAGUAUAAUAAUGGCUAGCAUUAUUAAAUUAACAUAAUAUGUUUAUUUUUCAGAUUUUCAAAUAGUUCGAAAGAAUGUACCUGAAACUCUGUGUAAACUGACAGCCGAUAAAUCUGUUCAAGCCAUACUAACAUACAAAUUCAGAAGUAAAGCUGUCCAGACUAAACUAAAAUCAACAGAAAAGGCAUUAUCACCUUUAAAACCAUCAUACAAAUCUAUUUCCACAUCCCCGUUCAAACAGGAGACCAUUAAAAAAUCAAGUCCUUCUACAUCCGGCCUCUGCAAAGUUGCAAGAAGUUUAUUUAUUGAAUCAGAGCACUCUGAGAGUGAUAUUUCUUUAUAUGAACCAUCUACAUCUACGACCAGCUGCUCGCCCAUGCAUUUAUUGCAAGUUAAAUCUUCAUCUGACUGUAGUGAAUUUACUGAAGAGGACAAGAAGCUAGAAGCAAAAGAAACCAUAUCUAAUACAAUAAAAAAAAUUGAGAAAAAACCUAGAUUGUACAUUGGUGUUCCAAUCAAGUGUUACUAUUUGAUUGACAUUAUAAAAGAUGAAAUAAAUAUUCCCAAACAUCAUUUAUUAUUUUGUUUAAAUAAAAUAAGAUUGGAUAGGACAUUUUAUCAACUGUCAGAUGAUUAUGCAAUGUCUCCAUCAUAUUUAAGCAAGAUAUUUUCAAAAAAUUUACCAUUAAUAGCCAGUGUAAUGAGGCCUUUCAUUGUGUCACUAGAUAGUGAAAUGAUUAAAAAAAGACUACCUAUGGCAUUCAGGCACAAAUAUAAUAAUGUAAGUUGCAUUAUAGACUGCCUUGAAAUUGAAAUAGAAAAACCAUCUAAUCCGUCUAGUCGUUAUGGCAGACAGAGGCUUCAAACAUGUAGAACAAUAUCUAAAAAAAGCUGGUAUUACACUAGUAAGACCUCCUAGUGUCGAAACAGGAGUAAAGAUGAGUAAAACUGAAGCGAAACUAACUAAGCAAGUAGCUAGCUUAAGGAAACACAUAGAGCGAGUUAUUCGGCGUUUACGUGAAUUUUGUAUGCUUAAACCACAUGCAUGUAUUAAUUUUAAAUAUGUAAAAAUACUUGACGAGAUAAUAAUCAUAGCAUGUGCCUUAAUUAAUAUACAAGAUUCUUUAAUAAAAUAAAAUAAAUGAAAAUCAA